AUGUGUUUGAAAGUUGAGUCGGAAAAUGAAAUAAUUCAGAACUAUGGUUCAUCGACUUGUUUUCCGGUGAACUGUGUAUGCGUGCAUUGGUGGCGCGAUCUAACAACGAAACCGCAACAACCGUUUUGCUUCUUCGUUUGUAUAGGAAAGAAAGUGGUGUGCUAUGUGGGCACCUGGGCCGUCUAUCGUCCCGGUAAUGGACGGUUCGACAUCGAGCACAUCGACCCAUUCCUGUGCACUCACCUGAUGUACGGAUUUUUCGGCAUCAACGAAGAUGCAACGGUGCGUGUGAUCGAUCCGUACCUGGAUCUAGAGGAAAACUGGGGCCGCGGGCAUAUCAAGCGGUUUGUCGGACUGAAGAACGUGUCACCGACGCUGAAAACGCUGGCAGCGAUCGGAGGCUGGAACGAGGGCUCGAGAAAGUUCUCGGCAAUGGCUGCCAGUGCUUCGUUGCGAAAGCGCUUCAUUUACGAUUGUGUGGCGUUCUGUCAGCGGCACGGGUUCGAUGGAAUCGAUCUCGAUUGGGAGUAUCCGGCACAGCGUGACGGUAAUCCAACCAUCGAUAAGGAUAAUCAUGCACUGCUGGUGGAGGAAAUGCGAGUGGUCUUUGACCAGUAUGGACUGCUGUUGACAGCGGCGGUAGCAUCGGUAGAGUUUUCCGCCGGUCUAUCGUACGAUAUACCACGAAUUGCAAAGAGUUUCCAUUUCCUGAACGUCAUGGUGUACGAUAUGCAUGGCGCAUGGGAAAGUUACUGUGGCAUCAAUGCACCGCUGUACCCUGGUCCGGCAGAUACAACGACGACCGAUCAACAGCUUAACGUCAACGCUAGCAUACAUUACUGGCUGUCGCAGGGUGCUCCGGCUGAAAAGCUUGUCCUCGGCAUUCCACUAUACGGACGAAGCUUUACACUGGCCAAUGCGGCCAACUCACAGAUCGGAGCACCUACUACCGGUGGUGGUACAGCUGGACCCUACACACGCCAGGCAGGUGUAAUGGGAUACAACGAGUUCUGUGAGAAGCUACAGUCAGAAUCGUGGGAACUUCGGUGGAGCGCAGAACAGCAAGUUCCAUACGCAGUGCUCAACAAUCAAUGGCUAGGGUAUGAUGAUCUUCGAUCGAUUCAGUUGAAGGUGAAAUACCUGCUAGACCUUGGCUUGGGUGGUGCAAUGGUGUGGUCCCUUGAGACGGAUGACUUCCGGGGUGUGUGUGGUGGUGGAAAGUAUCCGCUAAUGAAUGAAAUCCGUUCCCUCGUAAACGGAGGUACACCAAGUCCAACAACUCAACCGCCAUCGCCGACACCGUCUGCGCCUACAACUACCCCAACCACUAGCAAUCCGGGUGGCGGAAAUCCAGGUACAUCGACACCACCUGCAAGCGACCGGCCGUGUUCCGGUGGCAAGAUUGGUUUCGUACCAAAUCCUAACCACUGUAACAGGUACUACAUGUGCCUGACCGAGGACAUGUUCUUUGAAUUUACUUGCCCCGCGGGAACACUUUUCGAUCCGAAUCUGAACGUCUGCAACUGGGCCGACCAGGUAAAAUGUGCAAACGAAUGAACGAAUGCGUAUAGGUUUAGCUUUUCUUGCAAUCCGUU